CCCUGCUCCGCCGGACACGGAUCCCUAACAGAUGAGGAAAGUCGUGGACUUCCUGUUUCUCAUAUAGGAUAACAUUUCAGCCGUGCUUUGCAGUCACUUUGGCUGUGGUUUCUGAGAUGGCUUUGUUUUGUUGUUUUUUUUAAGUAAAGCGACUGUUCCAAGGAUUGUUGUUAAGGACUUCAAACUGGCUAUUUAAAUACCAUGCAUCAGGUCCAGAGCUCUACACUGGGAAGUAGCUGGGAGUAGCUGUGUUUGACACUCAUCAAUCUAAAGAUGGAUUUGCUGCAUUGAUGUGAUUGGUCCAACGCAGUCAGCGGUGCUUUAUUUAUGAAGUUCUUCGGUGUAGAUGUGGUGGGGAGUUUGAGGGAGGUUCAGCCACAUUCUUGCUGUCUCAGCAGGAGGCAACAGUUGUGGACUUUCUGCAAUGUACUCGUUGUAUUUUGAAGUGCUCUCCAAUGUGCUUUUCUUUUCAUUUAGGUCAAUUCGUCUUGACUGAACAUAAAAACAUGAUUGAAAAGCAGAGGAGCUUUGGCAGCAGCGGGUAUUUGCAGUGCUAUGAAACAUAAGCCGAGGCGUCUAGAACUGUACACAGGAAGUGGAGCUGCCUCAUUUCUGACUCAUUUCCUUCACUGUACUGAACAGUAAGAAACAGUUUGAUGUUUCACCAUGAGGCCUUGUGCUUUGGUUUUGAAAACUCGUGAAAGUAUGGACAGAUAGAACAAAGCCAUAAUGGAGGAUCCUGGAUUGAAGAUCCUGUCAUUUUCCACCUCAGAGCUCAUUUUGUUUUGUAAAGCAACUCAUCAUACACCAUAAAAACCACAAUCAAUUUGGCAGGAACAAGCUAAGCCAGAACUGAAUGCCUGUUACAGCAGCGGAUCCUUUAAAUCUUUUCCUCUGGAAAACCCACCCCAAGGUUCAGUCUGUCUUAACCAUGAUGUUGAGAAGAAAACUGUACUUAGGCGCUUUGCUAGGUGCUAUUUUGUUUUUAAUGAUAGCUGCUCACACUAUUCAGAAGGCCGGCGUUGUGCCCAUCACAGUUUUACCCUCUCACCACAAAGUCAGGAUACCAACGAAGAACCAGACAGAGUUACACCCUAUCACCGAGCCAACACGAGGUCAUUCUUGUAGCUGUAAGUCCUGUAUAGCAGACAUGGGUGUGUCAGAGUGGUUUGACCAACACUAUGAUCAUAAGCAGCAACCUUACUUCACCGGCAGGGACGAUGACAUAGAUCCGGUCUCUAUGAAGUGGUGGCUGUCUUUGCAGUCAUCUGAUGGAACGAUCAAGGAGGUCACACAGGAGAUGUUUAAGAUCAUUUCCCCUCCACCUGAAGAUAGAACACCACGGCAAAACCAAUGUCGAAAAUGUGCAGUUGUUGGAAACUCUGGCAAUCUGUUGAAGUCCAAACAUGGAACCUUGAUAGAUUCCCACUCAACUGUUAUUAGAAUGAAUAAAGCCAUAACUGUGGGUUAUGAAGAGGAUGUUGGUAACCGAACCACCCACCACUUCAUGUACCCAGAGAGUGCAAUCGAUCUGAGACCUGGUGUCCAUCUCGUCCUUCUUCCUUUCAAAUUGAAAGACUUACAGUGGUUGUCCAGUGCCCUUUCUACAGGAGAGAUCAAAGUGACGUACAUGAGAGUGAAAAAUCUUGUAGAAGCUGACAAAGACAAGGUGAUAGUUGUAAAUCCAGCCUUCUUUAAGUACACAUAUGACAAAUGGGCGGAGCAUCAUGGAAGGUACCCGUCCACUGGGAUAGUAGCCAUUAUAUUUGCUCUGCAUCUCUGUGACGAGGUGUCUGUGUUUGGAUAUGGGGCAGACAACCAAGGACACUGGCACCACUAUUGGGAGCACAACAGAAACGCAGGUGCCUUUCGAAAAACUGGCGUCCAUGACGCGGAUUUUGAAACUGAGGUCAUUCAGAGGCUCAACGCAGAGGGCAAAAUCAAACUCUACAGAUAAACCUGUAAUUGUGGCCUUUAUUGACUCAGUAGUGCUUAAUGCCAUGUAAAUGCAGGGCCAGGACCUGCACAGCAGCCAUAUGGAAGCCAAAGAGACGCAGAUCUGUGAUCCACCCUACCGUUAAUUGACCACUGUGAACUGCACUGAACCAAACCCACAGACAUCAAGCUGUAGUCCUAAGACCAAAUGAACUCCUCCUGUUCUCUAACUGCAUUUUACUCGCUACGUGCCUGAAGAAAAAGACAGAUGUUGCCUUCCUCCCCAGCCGGACAUUGAAACGUUGAAGAAAAUCAACAGUAAGCAAACUGGCUUGAUCUAAGCCUCCUUAUAUACUUCUUUCUUAUUUAUGCUGUUCUGACUAGCCUCACAGUGUCUGCACUGCAAAUUUGCAACGUGACAAAACUAGAUGGGUUUCACGAAUAAUCAACAAAGCUGUCUACACUGCUAUAAGAAAGUUGAUCAUCAAUGCCAUUCACUUGCAGAUGUUAUAAAAAGCCAUUUGCCUUAAAGUCAACAUGAAGCAGCAUUCGCAACCUACUUUUCAUAGUGCAACAAAAUGUUCAGUGAGGAAAAAUGGGCGGUUUUGAUUUGAACCAUUGGUAAUUGACUGGAUCGUGAAAACUGGGUGUUGGACCAUAUGACAGGUGCUUGGUUGGACAGUUUAGUGAUGUCAACUGAAAAGGAAUAAGGUGGAGCAAGUUGUUAAAUUUUGAUGGAAGAUUAUACACAUUUUUCCUUUGAAAUAAUGCACACUGGCAAAUUGUGUAAGACCGGGAUAGUUCACUUUCUUCUUGCAACCCAAAAGAAGAUAUUUUGGAGAACAUUGGGGUUCAAACAUUAGACCCCAUUUAAGAAACUCAAAAUAUCUUUUUUGUGUUCUGCAGUAGGGUUGUCGAACAUACUGGUACCAGUCGGUACUAAAAAAAUUUGCUGGUACCAACAUUUCUGCAUUACAAGUAGUACAGAGUACUGGGUAUUUUCAGUACCCGCUGAUAGACGCUGCUUUCAAACAAUUUCGAUCAUGUUUGUUUGAACAUUCUGAGCAUCAAAGGUUUCUAUUUACAGUCAUUUUUUACAAACGUUGAUCAUUGAAGCCAAUCAUAUCUGUUGAGCUCAUGAACGCAAUGGCCUAUCAGAAGUGCUAGUCAGUAAGUUUGCUUAAAGGAUUAGUUCACUUUCAAAUAAAAAUUUCCUGAUAAUUUACUCACCCCCAUGUCAUCCAAGAUGUUCAUUUCUUUCUUUCUUCAGUCGAA